AUGCCGUUGGACCGGCUGCCGGCGGUACCUACUGAGCCAGUAAUAUUUCAACCGCGGCUGGAGGCUCCCGCACGCCGGCACCCGCAACGCUACGACAUUCUUCUCGUCGCCGAUAACUUAUCAAAUAAUUGCAUGAAGUCAUCGAUUAAAUUAAGUGUUGAUUAUUCGUUUACUUAUGAGUUUCUCGCGCGUCCGCCGUCCAUGUGCAUGAAUCCACAGGUGUCCGUGAAAAGUUUUGUGCGAUCCGAUUGCUUGAAUUUUGUUCUGUCGUGUCAAGGAUGA